AUGCCAGCCCCAACAAAGACCUACCCCACGCCUCAGACGACCGAGAUCGUCAACUCUCGUCUGAGGCUCCUGAACAAAAUCAGGGCGGGAGAAUACCCAUUAAUGACCUUCAUGGCCAUUCCCUCCGUUCGCAUGGCCCAGAUCGUUGCCUUAACGGGCGUCGACGGCAUCAUCAUUGACUGCGAGCACGGCCACAUUGGCGACGACUCAAUGCACAACUCCGUCUCUGCCAUUUCAGCGCUCGGAGUCUCGCCUAUCAUUCGCAUCCGUGGCCCCGCCCACGACAUUAUCAAGCGCGCUCUAGACACAGGUGCACAUGGCAUUAUGGUCCCGCAGAUCAACAACGCCGAAGAAGCACAACAAAUCGUCGCCUCCUCCAAGUUUCCUCCACAGGGUGUGCGUGGCCAAGGCUCAGCCUUCCCAGCCAUCGGCCAUGGCCUCACCACCCCAGAGUACAUGAUUUCCGCCAACGAGACAAUCCUGACUAUGAUCCAAAUAGAGACGCGUGAGGGCGUCGAAAACGUCGAUGCCAUCUGUGCCGUCCCGGGAGUGGACCUCGUCUUCAUCGGACCGAAUGACCUGGCACAGUCGCUUCUUGGAUAUGUGCCCGCCCGUGGAGAUGAGCCGGAGUUUGUCGCUGCUGUCGAUAAGAUUAUCGCGGCGGCGCGGAAACAUGGAAAGUGGGCUGGCCGUAUGGUUAACAACGGUACUAUGGCCAAGGAGGCCCGAGAGCGAUAUGACACCGUCGCUAUUACGGGCGAUACCAAAGCCAUUCAGAAUUGGUACAUUUCGGAGUUUGAGGUUGCUCGGUCGUGA